AAUGAGAGGAUGAAGUUAAGAAGAACUAAUAAAUAAAUAUAAAAGAGAGAAAGGAGAUAAUGAAUGGCAAAUUAUAAUAGUGGGCUUUGAAUUUUAUCCAAAAUCUUAGAACUUACUGGAUAUAACGAUUUAAAAUAAAAAUAAAAAUAGAUAACUUAGUAAAUCUUGUUUUUUACUUAUCCUAAUCAUGAAUAUAUUUUAUUACUAUUACUAUUGAUUUAUUUUCAAAUCUUAAUUUGUGUUAAUAUGAGCUUGCUCAUUUUUCUUUUCUAUUUUUUAUUUAUUAGAGAUGAUUAAAAACUUAUAAUUUAUGCAUUUCAAUUAUUUUUUUCAUUAUGUGAUUUGAUUUAAUUUUAUACCACACAUAAUCUUAAUUUAAAGGUGUUUGUUUUUUAUUUAAUUUGGUGAGAUUUAAACUUUUUUUUUUUUGGAUUAGAUUGAUAUUUUGAAAAUUUUUUGACAACCAUAAAUUGUGUAUGUUUUAAUGAAUGUUGUUUAAAAAUUAAGUCUUUGAUACAUAACUUUAUUAAUACUUUAUUUAUGUAUUUUUUAAGAGGGAUAGAAUGGUUAAAUAUGUAAAACAUUUAUUAUAUACAUUAUUUAUAAUUUUCUAAUAUUUUAAUUAAUAUUUAUUGCACCCUUCAUUAUUUUUGGAAAGAUCCGCCACUACCCAUACAAAAGAAAACUCCAUAACUCAGAUCUUACACAUUGAAUGGUGAGAAUGUAUAAACCCUAAGAAGCAAAACUCCACUAUACAACUACGACUAACAGGACCACUGUAUAAGGUUACGUUAAAGAUAGUGACAAAAAAACAAUGAGUGUACAACGAUAAGCAACAAUCUCAUGGAAAAAGAGUGAUUCGCCACGAAAUCAAUCAUGCCAAGAUUUGGCAUGGUCUCCACAACAACAAAUGCCGUAAGAACUCAAAAUAGUUGAGUUACCGUGUUGCUGACUGCCAUAAAGAUUUUCCGGUCCCUCGCUUGGGUAUGAGCCAUUGUUGUUGUUGUUGAAGAGAAGCUUGAUCUUGCGUUUGAGAAAGAAGCUCGAAUUUUGUUCGCUUAAUUUUUUGGAUUUUGGGGGGAGAAGUAGAAUAGAAGGUGAUUUUAUAGCCGAGGUUUAUGAAUUGAAGGCGUGGUUGGGAAAGUCAAGCUAAAACGGAUAAGUGGUUAAUGAACAUAUGAAUAAAUAUGGAUUGCGUUUAUACCAUGCAAUGCACAUGACAUAAUUUAAUGGUACUUAGUUUUACAUUAUUAUCCAACAAAAUUAUAAUAUUCAAUCAUGUCAUAAAUAUAUUUUAAAAUUAAAAAUGUAACUUUAGACCCAUGCGAGACACGAGUUAAAUAUUUUCUAAAUAAAAAAAUCAUAUUUUAAAACACUUAUAAUUUACGAAUUUUACGUAUAGUAAGAUUACUAUUGUAUAGAUAAAAUGUCAUUGUUAUUAAUAAUAUAAAUAAAAAAAUUUAUUUAACUAAAUUUAUUUGUAAAUUAUAAAAUAAUGGGUUAAAUAAGUUUUUAGUCCCUGUAAAUAUGGCACUUUCCAGUUUUAGUCCCUACAAAAAUUUCCUUCGAACUUUGGUCCCUGUAAGUUUUUCCGUCCCCAUUAAGAGUCCCUCCCGUUAGAUUCCACUAACGGAGGGUGACGUGUAACGCAUACGUGGAUAUUAUUUCUUUCUGAUUCGCCAGCGUGGAAAUGAUAAGGGUUAAAUCUCUUAAACAAAAUCUCACCCACAGAUUAACUCUUUCUUUUUCACUCAAGCUCUCCUCUUUUCAACUGCAAACCCUAGAUAAAACUUCUCUCUUCCAACAUCCAUCGUGGUCCCAACAACCCAGACAAGAAGAAUCUUUGUGGUCCUAAUACGAAGCAUCUUGUGGUCCCAAAACGAAGCAUCUUGUGGUCCCAAAACGAAGCAUAGUGGAGCUGAGUCGUUCGUUCUCUUUUGCGUGGACCAGGAAAUGUCUAAGUUUAAAGUUAUUUUCUACACAAGGGGCAAGUUUGUAAAAGACCCUGAACUGAAAUACGAUGGUGGGGACAUGUAUGCUUUUAGUGGUCAAGAUAGUGACUAUUGGUCUUUCUUUGAGGCCUGUGAUUUAGUUAAGAGUAUUGACCCUGAAUUUGAUUUUGAGAUGGUUAAGAUGUGGUGGAAACAUGAAGCAGGAUCAUUUGAAGCUGAUUUAAAUCCAUUCAGAGAUGAUGGAGAUUCUGCUGAGUUGGCUGCUUAUGCUAUUGGUCAUGGAGCUGAAGUUGAGAUAUAUUGUGAGCCAAAACCAGAUGAAGGAGAGCUGACUUUUAUGGAAUCUGUUAGGCAAAAAGGGAAGGGUAAGUCUUGUGCAUCGGAGAAGGAACCAUUACAUGAAUGCAGUGGAGAUUCAAGUGAUGAGAGUAUCAAGGAUGUACACUUUGAUGACAGUGAGGAAGAAAGGAUGAAUGGGUUUGAAGAUGACUUUGAGGAACUAGUGGGUGUAGGUAAAACUAGUGAAGUUAGGAGUCCACCUGCUACAAACAAUGCUGUCCCUAAUGAAACAGACAAUAACAUAUUUAUUACAGAUGAGAUGGGCAAGGCACAUGUAAUUGAGGAGGAAUACAUGACAGAUGAAUUGGACAGUGGAGCUGAUGAUGAUAGUGGUGAUGACAGACCAUGUGUUAUAAGGUUCAAUGCAGAAGAAUCUUUCACAAAAGAUUUUGUUUUAAAGUUGGAAUGGAGUUUCGUUCACUUAAGCAGUUUAAAGAUGCUAUACUAGAGCACAAUGUUCUUAAUGGGAGGGAAGUUAAGUUUGUAAAGAAUGAUGCCAAUAGAUGUAGGGUUGUAUGUAAGGAUAAGGAGAAGUGUGAUUACACUGUGCUAUGUAGUAGAGUCCUAACAUCCACUACUUUUAGGAUUAAAACCUUGUAUUCUAAGCACAAGUGUGGAAGACAGUUCUUUAAUAGAUGUGCUAAAGCUGAUUGGGUGGCUAAGGUCAUUGUUGAUGGGUUGAAGAAUAACACAAAGAUGAAGUUGAAUGAUGUGGUGGCAGAUGUUAGGCUUAGAUAUGCAACAGAAAUUCCAGGAUGUAGGGCAUUCAAGGCAAGGCAGAUUGCUAGACAGAUUGUGGAAGGUGACUCUAGUAAGCAAUUCAACCUCCUUUGGUCUUAUGGUGCUGAGUUAAGAAGGGCAUCCCCAGGGAAUACAUUCAAACUCAAUACAACAUGUGCUGGUGAAGGGUUAAAUCCAAGAUUUGAGAAGUGUUAUAUGUGUUUUGAUGGGACUAAGAUGGCAUUAAAAAAAGCAUGUAGACCUUUCAUUGGAUUGGAUGGAUGUCACUUGAAGCAUAAAUAUGGUGGAAUUCUGCUCAUUGCUGUAGGAAGAUAUUGGUGAUGGAAGAUGGUGUUUUAUCUCUGACCAGCAAAAGGGUCUGGUCAAUGUGUUUGAUGAGGAGUAUCCUUCCUUUGAGCAUAGAUUCUGUUUAAGGCAUCUUUAUGCUAACUUCAAAAAGAAGUUUGGUGGAGGGACAUUGUUUAGGGAUCUAAUGAUGGCUGCUGCUAAGGCAACUUAUUAUGAGGCACAUGAGGCAAAGAUGCUCAUGAUCAAGGAAGCAAAUGUGGAUGCUUAUGAGUGGCUGCAGGCAAUCCCCAAACACAAGUGGUGUAAGCAUGCAUUUCCUUUCUACUCAAAAUGUGAUGUUUUAAUGAAUAAUCUUAGUGAAUCAUUUAAUGCUACCAUACUUUUGCAAAGAGACAAACCCAUUAUAACAAUGUUUGAGUGGAUCAGAAACUACUUGAUGGGUAGGUUUGCAACACUUAGGGAAAAGGUGAAUGCUUAUAAGGGUUAUGUAAUGACCAAACCAUUAAGGAGACUAGAUAGAGAAAUAGAGAAAAGUGCUAGUUGGACAGCUACGUAUGCUGGUAGGUUAACAUUUCAGGUAACACAUGUGCUUUUCACUGAUAGCUUUGUAGUGGACCUAGAAAAACACACUUGUUCAUGUAACUAUUGGGAGUUGAUUGGGAUACCAUGUAGGCAUGCUGUAGCAGCCAUUCAUAGGAAAGUUGAUGACCCAGUUAAGUAUGUGCACAAAUGUUAUCUUAGGACCACUUAUGAACACUGUUAUAGUGAGGUGAUAACACCUUUGAAUGGGCAAAAUAAGUGGCCUAAGACAACACAUCCUAUUAUCAUGCCACCAUUGUUCAAACGUGGCCCAGGGAGGCCCAAAAAACUACGCAGGAGAGAACCUGAUGAGGCAAAUCAAACAAAGUGGCAAAGAACAAAUACAUCCCACAGAUGCAAGAUAUGCUUUGUACUAGGUCAUAACAAGAGGACCUGCAAGAAAAAUAAGCAGAUAGUUGCUGUAUCUGCUGCAAGAACAUCACAAGAGGCUCCAACACAAGAGGCUCCAACACAAGAGGCUCCAACACAAGAGGCUCCAACACAAGAGGCUAGUCAAACAAGCAAAAAAAGGGGGAGGCCUACAGGGUCUAUCAACAAGAAAAAGAAAGAUAAAGUGGCACCCAAGACAAAAAAAACUAAGACUGUUGAACCAGAAUGUGAUGUAGCUGCAAAUGCUGUUCCUGAUUCAGUUCCUGAAAAGGAUGAUGUCCAAGCUGAUAUCCCUAUGCAAGAUGAUGUUCCAGUUCCUGAUUCUGUGCCUGAAAAGGCUGAUGUACAAGCUGAUAUCCCUGUGCAAGAUGCUGUCCCUGUUCAAGAUGAUGUUCAAGAUGCUGUCCCUGUACAAGAUGAUGUUCAAGAUGCUCCCAAUACUGACAUCAAUGAUUCACAGUCGUCUCUUAAAAAGUAUUGUGGUAUAGAUGCUGAAACAUUGGCUAAGAUUCUUGAUGAUGAUGAAAUUCUAGAUGUUCAACCAUUGAAUGUUGACACAUCUCCUGUGAAAAGAACAGUCAGAAAUUUUGUUGGUAAAGCUCCAAAGGUGGUCAAGAAAACUUCCAAAUCCACUGCUUCUUCAUCCAGGCCAACAUGUUCAGAACCUGUCAAAAAACCAAUCCAGAAGCAUAAGCCCAAGAAGAUUGUUGAUAUGGGUGUUCAAAAAAGGCAGAGUGACAGACUUAGGACCAUAAAAACAAAGAAUAUACCUGGCCCUGGAAAGAAGCCUGAUGACCCUUUGGUCAUUUAUGAAGACGAAGCAACCUUAGACCAAUCCAAGGGUGGGAAGCAGUCAGAAGAUUGGGAGACCAUUUGCAAAAGGAUGACUCAGUAGGAUGACUUAGUGAUGCCAUGUUGUUUAGUUUGAAUGAACUCAGUAGGAAAAAUGUUAUGUUUGUAAUGUUAGUGAGGCUAGUCCUCUAACUAUUUUCAUGUUACUGCAAUUUGCCUUGUGUUUUAUGAACAUAUGUAUCAAACCUAAUGGUAUGUCAAUGGUUUUUUGUGCAAAUUUUGGAGACCAAUUAUAAGUCAUUAGUAAGUGACUUUAUAUGACAAGUACUGAUCAAAUUUUAUGGUCAAGUAUAUGUGUUUUACA